AUCGUCGGCACCAACUGGACCGCGCACCGGCGGACGAGAGGGUGGCGGCACUUCGAGGCGAUCGGAAAGUCGCCCGCGGACAAGAAGUGCGGCAAGGCACACGCGACCGUCGAGCUCGCGGCGACGUGCGACCGAGCCAUCACGAUCCACGUGUCGACGCGAGAGCUCAAGGAUCGAACGCUGUGGAGCGCGGGAUGGAAGCAGCGCGAGGAGCUCGAC